AUGGGUUCACUUCGCAGAUCUUUGCCUCAGAUUCUCUCCCUUCUUCUGUUUCUGGGUCUCCAUGGUGUGGCUCAGGCGGCAGAACCGGAGAGGACUACUUACAUCGUACACGUGGCCAAAUCGGAAAUGCCCCAAAGCUUCGAGCACCAUGCGGUGUGGUAUGAGUCCUCGCUGAAAUCUGUGUCUGACUCAGCGGAAAUGAUUUACACCUACGAUAGCGCUAUCCACGGAUACGCGACUAGGUUAACUGCGGAGGAGGCGCGUUUGCUGGAAAGCCAGACGGGGAUUCUGGCGGUGCUACCGGAGAUGAGGUAUGAACUUCACACAACGAGGACGCCGCAGUUCCUCGGACUCGACAAGAGCGCGGACAUAUUCCCCGACUCGAGUUCUGCGAGUGACGUCAUCGUCGGAGUCCUAGACACUGGUGUUUGGCCCGAGAGUAAAAGCUUCGACGACACCGGGCUUGGACCUGUUCCCAGUAACUGGAAAGGCGAGUGCGAAACGGGAACAAAUUUCAGCGCCUCCAACUGCAACAGAAAGUUGAUCGGAGCCAGGUUCUUUGCCAAGGGUUGCGAGGCCAUGUUGGGUCCCAUUAACGAGACUGAGGAGUCGAGAUCCCCUCGCGACGACGACGGUCAUGGCACCCACACCGCCAGCACAGCCGCGGGGUCGGUGGUUUCGGGCGCAAGUCUUUUUGGUUACGCUUCCGGGACGGCGCGUGGGAUGGCCACGCGCGCGAGAGUCGCUGUGUACAAGGUUUGCUGGAAGGGAGGGUGUUUCAGUUCGGAUAUUCUUGCCGCGAUUGAGAGGGCGAUAGAUGACAACGUUAAUGUGUUGUCGUUGUCGCUCGGUGGUGGCAUGGCUGAUUAUUACAGAGACAGUGUCGCUAUUGGAGCUUUUUCCGCGAUGGAGAAGGGGAUUUUAGUUUCUUGCUCCGCUGGGAACGCGGGGCCUAGUCCUUACAGUCUCUCUAAUGUGGCCCCUUGGAUUACUACCGUGGGUGCUGGUACACUCGAUCGUGACUUCCCUGCUAAUGUUGUUCUCGGGAAUGGACUUAACUUCUCCGGCGUGUCGCUAUACCGAGGUAACGCUUUACCUGAUUCAGCGUUACCGUUUGUUUACGCAGGGAAUGCCAGCAAUGCUACGAAUGGGAACUUAUGCUUAACGGGAACCUUGUCGCCGGAGAAAGUAGCCGGAAAGAUUGUGUUAUGUGACCGUGGAUUAACCGCUAGGGUUCAGAAAGGUUCGGUGGUGAAAUCCGCCGGAGCUUUGGGCAUGGUGUUGAGCAACACCGCCGCCAAUGGCGAGGAGCUGGUGGCCGAUGCUCAUCUCUUGCCGGCGUCUGCGGUUGGGGAGAAAGCCGGUGACGCUAUCAAGAAAUAUUUGUUUUCCGAGGGGAAACCGACGGUGAGGAUUUUGUUCGAGGGAACCAAGGUGGGGAUUCAGCCAUCACCUGUGGUUGCAGCAUUUAGUUCAAGAGGUCCGAAUUCGAUCACGCCGCAGAUCCUGAAACCAGAUCUGAUCGCACCAGGUGUCAACAUCUUAGCGGGAUGGUCCAAGGCCGUGGGUCCCACCGGUUUGCCCGUUGAUAACAGGCGCGUGGAUUUCAACAUCAUCUCUGGCACGUCCAUGUCUUGCCCUCACGUCAGCGGUUUAGCCGCCUUGAUCAAAUCGGCUCAUCCUGAGUGGAGCCCAGCCGCGGUUCGAUCGGCUCUCAUGACAACGGCUUACACAGUGUACAAAACCGGUGCGAAGUUGCAGGACAGUGCAACAGGAAAACCCUCGACACCGUUCGAUCACGGAGCGGGACACGUGGAUCCCGUGGCUGCCCUAAACCCAGGCCUGGUCUACGAUCUAACAGUAGAUGAUUAUCUUGGUUUUCUCUGCGCGUUAAACUACUCUGCUGCCGAAAUCAACACCCUGGCUAAGAGAAAAUAUCAGUGCGACUCCGGCAAGCAGUACAGUGUGAACGACCUUAACUACCCUUCGUUUGCGGUGUUGUUUGAACCAGUUAGUGGAUCCAGCGUGGUUAAGCAUACGCGGACUCUCACUAAUGUGGGGCCUGCGGGAACAUACAAGGCCUCAGUGACAUCAGACACAGCAUCGGUGAAAAUCUCGGUUGAACCGCAAACGCUGUUUUUCAAAGAAAAUGAGAAAAAGUCUUUCACUGUAACGUUCUCCUCUUCCUCGGGUGCUGCACAGCAGAGAGUGAGUGCGUUUGGACAGUUAGAAUGGUCCGAUGGAAAGCACGUGGUCGGGUCCCCAAUUUCGAUUAACUGGGAUUGA